GAGGACAAAAAGUGGAUACUGUAUUUGCCAACACUGCUGCACUUGGUUUAUUUGGGCUUUUGUCCGCGGAAAAGGAAACUUGCUUGAAGGCUCCAAUACAACUCCAAACGUGAAAACUAUUAUGACCCAGCUCCACGAUGCUCAACUACAUUAGAGAAGCGAUCAUGGCGCCAACCACACGUAGCAGCAAAAACAACAAUAGCAACAGCAACAGCCCAGGGCAAGAUCUCAAGGACGUCGAAGGUUUAUCAACAUCGAGGGAAAAAGCAGCAGCUGCUCCUAUGCGUGGCUACAAGGUUACUGAUAACGAUCGAACCAGAAAGUACGGCAUUGGAGCCAAUUCACUGGAUAUGCUACUAUUUAAGGCGAACAACAAGUUUCCGCUAUCCCAAUUACACUUGUAUCUGGCGUCCGAUGGCUUCGAGGUGUCCGAUGACGAGUACUUGGAAAGCUUGCCGCCCCAGACGCUGUUUAUUGCCGCAGGACCGGAUGCAGUCAUUACUACUGAUGCAGACUUUGAGUUUGAGAAGAUGCGACAACAGUCACCGCUUCUAAAAGUGGCGGACAUUUUUUACGAGUUUAUCGAAAAGCAUCCGGAGAAGUUCCGCCGCAUGAUCACGGAUUACGAGCUCCAAAAGCAGCGACGCGUCCUUGACAACACUAAGGCCCACCUAAGUCUGAAGGCCGAGCAUAUGGAGUGGUUUGAGGGCGGAGAGGAGCGCUUUCAUUCGAAGGAGGAGGCCAUGGCCAUGCGGGCGCAGACACGAGUGCGUGGCUACUAUUACAAGGCCAAAGAAGAGCUAACCCGAAAUCCGUUGUACCGACAAAAUGCCAAGGCUCGUCAGGUUAUUAAUUCGGUGCUUGACCAGUUUCGGUAUUUGCUCAUUGGCUGCGACUACUUCUCGAUGAUGUUUGAUAGGAGAUGCAAACAGAAGCACGACUUCCUGCAGCAGCAUCAACUUGAAGGCGAAGAAACGGAUGCGGGCAGCAUUUUGCCCAGCAAGAGACUGCGGCAGGUUAUUAAGGAAUACACCAAGGAGAACUCCAUACUGGACGAGUGGUCGGUGGCCCUAUGCACAGACCUCGGCGAUUUCUACUGUCAGGGUUCCUAUUCGGAGAAUGGCAAUUGCUGCCCCAUGCAGCACACUAUUAAUCCGUAUGCAUCGCGCGAGAAUCUAAUUUUGUUCCAGGUCUGGAAUCUGGACCAUCAGAUCGAACUCUGCCGUACAAUUCUGCCAUCCCUGGUGGCUAAUGUGGAGGAUCUUGUCAGCCAGCCGCAAAGAAAUUGUUCGUUGCACAAAAAGCGCGUAGUCGACAUCUCGGUUCUCGAGUAUUUUCUUGAAAUUUUUUCUCUCAAAAACCUGAAACUCGUUCACAUUGUCUGCCACGAGAAGGUACAGCGGACGAACCGUUCUAAUGGUCGCUUAGUGUGCCCCGACUGUCACGAGUUCCGCAUUGUACAGGAGCUCAUGAAGCUGCAAACGGCAAGUUAAAUGAAAACUUCGAUGACAAAAUAUAUACUUCCAUUUAGCCAAGCAAUAUUGUACACAAUAACUAUACAUUCUUUCCAUUUGAUUUGAUCAUUUUCGAUCUCGAACGAGUUAAUUGUACAAAUCAAAAGAAUCUCAAAGUUAACUAGCAACUGAAUUGUUAAAAGUAUUUACAUAUAAACUGUAUAAACAAAGAUUACUCGAAUGCAUUUAAUGUUUAGCAGGCUUAUCAGACUACUAGUAUAACGUGGCUAUGCAAUAUAAUAAAUAGCUUUAAAUGUUCGUUGUCCUGUUGGCGUUACAUCGACCUGCAAGUCCAAAAUAUGAAAUAUAUUAACGCAUUAUAAACAUACAUCAUUGUUAGAUGAAUGUUGAUAGAAAUAAAUAAAUAUGUAUACGCAUAUGUCGAAUUUAAUUUUGAACGACACAAUAAAUAUGUCCCCGUUCCAAAAUGAA